AUGCCCGCAUUCCAAGCACCACCUACCGGAAUGCCAUCGAGAGGCUCAGCCUCACACUCCUGCUACUGGGAUUGGUGCAGACUCACUUUCCCUAGCAGCGGUCAACUCACGCAUCACGUCAUUCAUGACCAUGUCCGGAAGGCGAAGCCCAUGAAAAAGCGCGAUAUUAUAUGGAUGAAGAAGACAGACAAGAGCCUCAGUGGAAGCUUAGACACAACACGUAGCGUUGUUCCCCGCAGGCCUACAAAUGCACAAAUUGGAGAGCUUAACUCGACAUCGUUGCGACCUCACAGCGACCAAAGUCAUUCUACAAGUCUCCCAUACCCAUCGUCUUCUCACCCUCACAACACUGGUCCCCCAUCACCACCUACUACUCAUAAUUCCUCCUCUCCCCCACUGAUGAAUCAUCCCUCCUCUCCACCUUCGUUAAAUGCACACGCUCUUACUUCUAAACGCCCUGCAUCUGUAUCCGCGUCUACUCCAGGCCACGCAUCAUUUGCACAACUAUCGUCUCCAAUAGGCACCCCAGCUAUCCCAUCCCUCCCGCAGUCACCAGCUUUGGACUUCCUUGUAGGGCGCGCUAUCGAGCAAAGCCGUGUGCCUCAAGUGGGCCUGAGUGAGAAGCUUCGUUCGCAAAAACUUAUCGACUCCAGCAAUAGCCUUGCAGGACCGAGUCUCUUGCGGCCAGGCUCCUCUCGGAGUCCGCAUACACCCCUAUCUCGCUCGUCUACAUCAUCUCAGGAUGUUGUAGAACGCCAGCUCACACAGGAUUCGGACAUGGAGGUUGACAGAGCUGAGAUUAUGAAGGAGGUGGAUACUGCAGACACCUCAGGCCCUCGUCCUAGUUCAUCUGGUAUUGAUGCUCAAGAGGAUUCAGAAAUGGACGGCUCAGACCUGGAAUGGCCAGGUCGUGAAGACGAAGGUUCGAUAUCGAAACCACAGCCAUUGGCAUCGUCCCAGGGAAUCUAUGGAACUCCUAUACCCUCUCAUAACCAGUCACCCCCAAUUUAUCCCUCUUCCGGCGGCGCGAUACACGCAGUAUCAGACACCGGCUCUUGUUCACCUCCUUCCAUUGACUUUCGAUCUCGUUUUUUGCUCUUAAAUUCAAGUGAUAAAGGAUCCGCGUUUCGUUCUGGUGCACUGAAAAUAACUCCAAAUGACUCAUCCACCCACGUAAUGCAGCCUACUGCAGAGAACAAGACAUCUAUGUCACAUGCGAACACCACCUCUGAGGAGAACCACUUAGCAAAGCACUCUCAUGUAUCGUCAUAUCCCCCUGAAUGCUCAGAAGAUGUUUCCUCUUAUCCUAUGGUGCUCCUUACACAGGCGCCUUAUCAGAGCCAGAGUCAGAGCCAGUGA